CACGUCUGAGGGCGUCAUGGAGUACUAUGGCCGCUUGUCGAAGGUAUGGAAGGAGUACGUACAGUAUGCACGAGUUCCAAGGUGUAUAUGUGCGGGUUGCACGUGCAACAUAGCGAAGCAGGUGGGGGACAUUCAUGAUGAAGAUCGUCUGCACUAUUUCUUAAUUGGCCUAGACGAUCACUAUGAAGCCAUUCGUGCACAACUGUUAGCAAGAUCGCCGUUGCCAGGCCUCGACGAGGCAUACCAGACGGUUAUGAAUACCGAGACCAUGCGCGCCAAGGCAACGAGAGGUAAGGAGAGUGUCAUGGCGUUCAAGGUCGAGACUAAGGGUCGGUCGAGGUCGGGAGAUGCGAGUGACAGAUUUUGUGGUCAUUGCAAUCGUGAGGGUCAUGAGGAAGAAACUUGUUAUCAGCUGAUUGGUUUUCCCGAAUGGUGGGAUGAGAAGAAACGAGGUGGUAGAGGGCCUGGUCGAGGAGGCAGGACGUCGAUUAGAGGAGGCAGAGGAGCUCGUGGGGCAGCGUCGUCGACCAGUGGUGUCUCUCGCGCCAAUGCCGUGAGUAAUACCACAGCAGGGGCGACAACCACUGUGACGAGUGGAGGCGGAUCGCAGGGAGCAGUGACGACAACCAAUCAUGAGCUUGUUGGUGUGACGAAGGAGCAAGUCCAGCAAAUUGUUGACAUCUUAUCACGACCACCAAACAAGUUGCAAGGACCGCUCGACGAGGAUGGUGAUUGGCGUGGGUGAUCGACAGGAAGGACUAUAUUUUUUCCGUGGGGCUCCAAGGGUUCGUGUGCUAGCAGUGGAGUGUGUGGUCGACUUGUGGCACCAACGUAUGGGGCAUCCGUCGGAAAAAGUGUUGCAGUUACUUCCUCCUGUGAGUCAUAAGAUUAGGAAUAAUAAAAACAUUUGUGAUGUAUGCCCACGGGGGAAACAAUGUAGGGAGAGUUUUCCAAAUAGUGAUAGUCGUGCAAGUCGCCCAUUCGACCUUGUUCAUCUUGAUUUAUGGGGGCCUUACAAAACACCCUCGUCGAGUGGGGCGAAGUAUUUUCUUACCAUUGUGGAUGAUUAUUCUAGGGGUGUGUGGAUUUAUUUAUUGUGCAAUAAAAUGGAAGUUGAAUCGUCGU